UUAAGUGACAGGUGUCAAAACCGAUUAAAGUCAUUUUGAUUUUUCGUACGAUAGAUACGAUACGCAUUAAAUGUUUUUGAAAAAAAUUAUCGUCUGUUAAUCUCGCCAACGAUGCAACAUCAGUACUGGGUGACAAAAAAGAGCGUUUUACGAAAAUUAGGCGGCAAAGAAGACGAAUGUAUCGUUUCCUCCGACGCCGAGCUCGACGCAAAACUCGAGCUUUUCAAGUCCAUUAACGAGAGCUGCGUCCAGCUACAACGAGUCAUAGACCUUUACCAAGAGCGCCUAUGCUACUUAGCCCAGGAGGAGAACGCCCUCGGCCGCUACCUCAAGGAGUACGGCAAAAACGAAAAAAACGCGAGUGCCGGCCAGAUCAUGUCAACAGCUGGGAAAGCUCUGGCGUACACCGGCCACCAGCGGCUCACCGUGCGCCCGCCUCUCGUGCGUCUGCAUCAUGAGGUGGAGACCUUUCGGGGCCGUGCCGUCUCUGAUACCCGCGUCACGGUACUGGAGAUGGAGAAGGCCCGGACUGAGUAUCGCGCGGCACUCAGCUGGAUGAAGUCGGUGUCAUCGCAACUGGAUCCCGAUACGGGUCACGGCCUCGAUCGUUUUCGCAAGGCGCAGUCCUACGUGAAGAGCACCAAGAUGAAGUUCGACCGGCUUACGCUCGCGUGUUUGCAAAAGGUCGACCUGCUGGCGGCGGCGAGGUGCAACAUGUUCUCGCACGCCCUGGUACCGUACCAGGGGGCGGUGUCCACGUUCGCGGCGAAAGCUGCGGAGACCCUGACUUUGGCGGCGAGCAAAGUGAGCGACGUGCAGCCAUACGACUUCAGCGCGAUCGCAGAGUUGGCCACUCCGCAGCAUGAGAAGGACAAGAACACAUUUUUCAACGCCGAGUACACGGAUAAGGAGGCGGAGAAAAAGGAGAAGGCGGAGAGUGUGACCAAGGAGGGAUGUCAGGAGAUGCAAGUUUCCAAUUUGUUGGGGGAGGAUUUUUCCAUGUCUGCUCCCGCCGAGGCGACGCCCGUUGGAGAUUCGGCGCCCAGUUCGACCUUGUUGGAUCUGUGUUGGCCGAGCAGUGCUGACUUUUUAGGGGGCGAUUUUAUGCCCUCAAAGCUCAUACAGGAAGGAAAUUUUGAUUUUAGUCAAAUUGAGGUUGAAAAAAUUGAAGAGAAUACCAAAGAAUCGAAUGAUAAACCAAAGAAGGGGGGCGCAAAGGCGCCAGAGAAGAAUGGAACGCAGAUGUCCUGGCUCAGUCUGUUUGCAGAGUUGGAUCCUUUGGCAAAUAAUGAUCAGGAACUGAAUAAUUCAGGAGAUAGGGCGUAAUGCUAUUUUAUACUGGAUUAUCUUUAAGUAUUAUCUAUACACAAUCUACGAGUAUUGUAAUGUAUAUAACAUUCCUUUGUGAUUCUUUUGCACUAGUCAUACCCAAACUGCAUUAUUUUAAACGUAAAUCAAUAUACUUAUGACUUAAAAUAAUAGAAA